AUUUUUUUUUCAGUUUAUGUAAUUCAUACAAAAACAAUCGUGUUUGUCUGCAAAGAAUGAAAACAUUUAUUGGAUUUACAGUAAAAUAAAAAAAAAUCAGCUACAAUACAGUAAUCAGAUAUGCUUUUCGAAAUUUGUAUGUUGACUUGUGUAUCAGCUUUGUGGGGCCUCACUAAUCCAGUCAUUAAGCGAAACUCCAAGUCCAUAACAAAAAUAAAGUCAAACUCCGCCCUCGAGCAAUUUCUUUUAGACCUCAAGUACUUAGCAACGAACUUGGAUUACCUCCUUCCAAUGGGUCUCAACCAAAUUGGAUCAGUUUUAUAUUUUGUUACCUUACAAAAUAUGGAUCUUACCCUAUCAGUGCCAAUCGCAAAUUCUCUCACGUUUAUUUUCACUGCACUAUCUGGAUCGUACCUUGAAGAAAGUCUUCCUUCAAACCGUGUUCUAACCGGAGCUGCGCUUAUUUUGUUGGGAACAUGCUUCUGUUGUUAUGAUAAACGUUAAAUGUUCAACACAAGAUUAGUCGUAAGGAGUAAUAAUAAUAAAUGCAAUUGUUUACUUACAAUCUC